UUUUCUCAACAAAAUAAUGUAAACAAAACAGUGCCCGUGCGUGAACAUUGAACAGAAUUGUUAGCACAAUUUUUGUUUUGUAUUCUAAUAUUCGAGAUGUCCUCGAACUUUAACCCCAAUUCUUGUCGAAUAUGCUUCGAUGCAUCUCUAACAAUCGCAUCGCUUACUGAUAUCGUUGAUGGACAUUCGUUGGCUGAUAUGUUGAAAUAUUGCGUCAAUCUUGAGAUGGAUAAAAACGACGGAUUGCCAUACCAAUGUUGUACAAAAUGUAAGCAAGAUUUGAUAGUUGCAUAUCACAUGGUGAUCCGAUGUCAUCAAUCCGACGUCAAGUUUCGCGCAUUAAUGCUGGAAGCUAAAGUCAACGAAAGAUUGCCAACUGCAAACGAUUUGGUGCCAUUAGUAACAGAGGACGACAUUAAGAUUGAACUGGACGUGGACGACGAUAAGGUUAUAUAUGCUGAGCCACUUCAGGAUUUAAACCCAGACAAAACAAGCAAAACACAAGAAACAGUGCACACCGAAAACGACAAAAGCGAUAUCGGCAGUGAUGAUGAUAAUAUAGAGGAUGAUAGUUCAAAUGAUGAAUCUGAAGACAAUAAUAGCCAAGAUGACGAAAAGCCUUUAAAAGACGAGAAAAUCAAAACACCACAGCGAUGCUGUCGAUGUAAAAUAAAGUUGACAUCUAUGGAAGCAAUACGUAAACAUUCAGAAGAAGUUCACUUCUCCCAGAGGUGCACAGAGUCUAAAAAAAUCUCCUCCAAGCCAUUCGAAUGUGAUAUUUGUUUCAAAAGGUUGACCACCAAAAAAGCUUUGCGACGGCAUAAGUUGUCCAUCUUUGUUGAGAAUAAGUUCCAGUGCGAUGAAUGCCAAUUAAGUUUCAAGCUCGAACGAACUCUUAUGCACCACAAAGAUAGUCACAGAAAUAUAGUUCAACCAUAUGUUCGACCGCAAGGCAAACUUCCUCGAUGCUGUGCCUGUUUCAAACAAUUUGACGAUGAUGAUCUUUUACGAAAACAUGCUGAUAAAGCCCAUCCGGCAAGCAGUAUAUCUUCUGAAAAUCCUAAAAGGCCUUUUCCAUGCGAUUUAUGUCAUCGACAAUACAAGAACCUUAUCGUACUACGAGAACACCAAGCAAAGCCUUACCGGCUCAAGCAGUUCCAGUGUGCUACCUGUGGUCGCACAUUCAAAGAAAAAUGUUAUUUAACAGACCACGAGCGGACUCAUCAAGAGGAACAAGCCUUCACCUGCCCGGUUUGCUCCAAAUCAUUUGCGAUGAAGCUUUCGUAUCGGAGACACGUUAAAACUCACUCACCAGGCGAGGAUCGCUUUAGAUGCGAAGUGUGCGGAAAGGGAUUCAAAGCACGAACGCUCCUGAAACGCCAUUCCAUAACGCACAAUCCUCAACACAGGCCGAUACAGUGCACGCUAUGCCCAGCAACUUUUGCGUGGAAAACAUGCUUACAAUCGCACAUGAAAAUGCACACCGGAGAAAAACCACACAAAUGCAACCAGUGCGGUGCAGCUUAUGCGUUCUCUACGGACCUGAAGCGCCACAUUAUGGCCCACAGUGGCAUCAAGCCGUACGUUUGUACAAUCUGCGGCCGGGGAUAUCCCAGGCAGGAUUAUCUGCGGAAGCAUAUGGCUAGUCAUGGAAAUCAGGAGCAGGGUACCAGUAAAUGAAGUGGAGAACUAUGAUCGACAAAGAGGAAUUAUUUAGGAAUUCGGGUAAAUAAAAUAUCUUCAUAUCAAGUGGUAUCAGCUGAUGAUAAAUGAAAACUGCUUAUAA